GGAAAGGAAAAGGAUUAGCACUUAGCGAGCAGUGUCGUCCUUAAGUCCGUAUUAAUUCCUAAAUUUCUAUGUUUUAACCUUUGUCUGUCGCGUAACAGACUCCACGUUAUACAUUUUUCAUGUCUGGAUAAACUCGUCUCAGUGAACUUUGACGCUUCUCCGGCUAGCUUAGCUUGCUAGUUGCUAACGAAGAGACGCGGGAGGCAUCGACGCGUCACGAAGCAGAGACCAAGUGGGAGUGUAAAGUGUUGCGAGUGUGUGAGAAUGUGUAAAGUACAAAUGUUGAGAGUUUUGGUGAAUCAGCGACUAACUGCGGCUGUUCAAGAAAUAUUUGUGUUGUUCGAAAGAACGAUAGCAGAGUACGAGGAGGAACUUUCUCGAACAAAAGAGGAGAACGAGCGACAGCGUCAACUACUCGACGCUGUUUUCAAAACGCAUCAAGUUGUGCUACGUAGGGCAGACGUUCGUGAAGAUCUUCUUCCCCUUGAGCAGCAGGAGUGGAGCAGCAGGUUUCAGCAGGAGGAGCCACAGCCUCUCCACAUUAAAAAGGAAGAGGAGGAUCGCAGCAUCAGUCGGGAGGAAGAGCAGCUUGAAGGGCUGGAGGAGUUCCCAGUGAUUGGUGUCCUUGUGAAGAGUGAAGAUGAUGAAGGCAAAGGUCAAAGUGAGGAGAAGAGAGAGGUGGCGCCUCCAAGCAGCAGCGCAACUCAAUACACGACAACAGACGCCGAUGGAGACGCUAGUGGAGGAUCACAAGCAGACAGCCUCUUAGCUCCACCAUCAGGUAGUGACAACACAACGUCACCCUCUUCUGACACUGAUGAUGAAGACACUAAAGCUGAUAUGAUUUGUGACACUGACAACACGCGCUGGAAAUGCUCUGCGUGUGACAAAACAUUUUAUGACGGUCGUAAUCUGAAAAGACACAUGCGAAUACACACAGGAGAGAAACCAUUCAUGUGCUCGGUUUGUGGUAAAAAGUUCUCGCAGAAGCAGCAUUUGAGAAGACACACGCGAAUACACGCUGGAGAGAAAACUCUUUCCUGCUCAAUCUGUGGCAUGGGUUUUGUACGGAGUCCGAAUUUGAAAAGACACAUGAGAAUACACACUGAAGAGAAAACCUUUUCCUGUUCAGUCUGUGGUAUUGGUUUUGUACGAAAUCAAUGUUUGAAAACACACAUGAGAACGCACACUGGAGAGAAACCGUAUUCCUGUCCGACCUGCUGCAAAAGCUUUUGUGUCCGAACAAACCUUGUUAGACACAUGAGAACACACACCGGUGAGAAAGUGUUCAGUUGCAGUGUGUGUAAUGAACGAUUCUCUUACAAGUACCAGCUUAACAAUCACAAGUGCGCUGCGGUAAAUGAACAGCAGCGGUAAAUGAACAAAUAAACUGCCAAGACUUAAAUAACUUUGGCUUUCUAACAUCGCCACAUAUAACGUGUGACAUUGUUUUUGUGUGUAACGCAAUUUUGUUAACAUGCUUCUACCAUUUCAAUGCAAUAAAAAUGGAGGAAAACUGUGACAGAGUGUUAGUUUUAGUUCAUUAAACUGCAAACAUAAGCCAAGAAAAGUCACCACGUUCGCCUGGCAAGCAAGCACGCAUGUUAGCGUUUAGCAUUGUGAUGCAGUGGAGUCUUUAAGUCCGCCUUAAUUCCUUCAUAUUUACUACUACUAAUGGCGGAUCUCCAUCUCCACGCCUGUGCCUCUGCAGACAUGACCUCACCCUCCCCUGUGCUGACAAAAAAAUGCAUUGAUUAUGAUUUAGCACGUGAGCGCCAAAAGCGGAACCGGUAGCAGAACCAGCGCAACGUUCUACAUGGGUAAAUCAGAGCGGUGCACAAAAAUACUGUAACCUGCGGCUGCUAACAAGCACGUUUUGUGAUUAAACCCCCCCCCAAAAAACAUUAAGAACACAGUUGAACUCACAUAGCGUAAUAACCACGCGACAAGGCUCGCACAAUAUUGGACGCUAACCGGAAAAUCUACGCAAAAAUUUUGGUUAACAUAAAAAGUGUUAACCGAAAACACAGGAACUGGGGCGUACGCUAACCGAGGUUCAACUGGAUUGUCAUUUGUGUCAAUUUUUGUUUAUAAAGGAAAAAUCUAAUUGCCCUUGAACAUACCACUGGUUGUACACAAGUGGAACUUCAGAUUAUCCAUCCAUCUCCUCAUUAGGGUCGUGGGGGUACGCUGGAGCCUAUGCCAGCUGACUUCAGGCGACAGGCGGGGUACACCCUGGACUGGUCACCAGCCAAUCGCAGGGCACAUAUAGACAAACAACCAUUCACACUCACAUUCAUACCUAUGGACAAUUUAGAGUCGCCAAUUAACCUAACAUGCAUGUUUUUGGAAUGUGGGAGGAAACCAGAGUACCCAGAGAAAACCCACGCACGCACGGGCAGAACAUGCAAACUCCACACAGAAAUGCCCCAAAGGAGAAUCGAACCCAUCAUCCCGAUCUCCAGACUCUGACUGCAUGGCCAACAUGCGAACCACUAGGCUACCGUGUGGCCCAACUUCAGAUUACUGACGGUCAAAUAGCUAACUACACACCGGUGGACAAAACCGUACUUACCAGAUGCCUAUCAGAUAACAGUGUUAAUAAAAUUCAAAGAUGCUAUUGCCCCCCCCCUAGGUUAACAAAGUGUCAUAGCACCAUCCACCCAUCCAUCCCUACCACCCUUAGCAGUGAUGACAGUGAUAAAAUUGCCACUAUUUGACGCCAAAUAAAGCACCUCCCCCCAUUAACUGAUGUACGUCCCUCCAAUACGGUGACCAUAGAGGAAGGGGCGAUGACUGACACACACUUGAUCCCAUCCCUGCUCACCUGUUCACAGGUACUCCCCCGCUCGCCAACACAGCUCUUCUCAAGAUAAUCAACAUGUCGCGAGGCUACGUACCACAGUCAUUCCAAGUGGCUGUGGUCAAACCGCUUCUGGAAAAAGCUAACCUUGAGCCACACUUAGCUAACUCCAGACCAAUAUCCAACCUCCCAUUUUUCUCCACGAUCCUAGAGAAAGCAGUUAAAACUCGAGGGCAACUUUCAAUUUGUGUCGUAAUUCUUAAUAAUUAAUCAUUUAUUUUAAUGGUUUUAUGACUUUACUUAUUUACCCUUUAAACGCCGCUACCUCAGCAUAUUUCAGAGUUUAAAAGAAAUACAUUUCUCUGAUGUCUUGUAUGCUAUGAGCUACGCUAUGAUUUGAAAUACACUACUUUUAAUCAUUUACCAGACACGUGUGGUGUUUUUGCAGGUUAUGGUGUGGCAGUUGACUCUGUGCAUGCAAAUUAACCUUGUUGGAAACUUGAUGUCUCAAAUAUGGUGAGGAUGUUGGGUGCGCUGAUGAGCUUGGCGGAGCAGCCAUUGUGGUAGGUUCAACCACAAAUGAUUUCGCGUGUGUGUUAAGCAGUGGUGUGCAGUCAAGGCCAGCAAAGCCUUCUCUGCAGGCCUGACCACUAACCAGAAGCACUUACCUCGAUGUCACGUGCACUCCAUUAGCAAUGGAGUUGUUGGGGGGGGGGUUUCCAAUCAGAUUUUUAAUUUCACCCUCUCAGGGCCACAGUGACAUCAGCAUUUUUCCAUCUUCUGAUUGGUUGAUCAAAGCAAAACUGUUGAUCACCGUACAUCACUGGCGUACGGUGAAAAUCGGUUGAUUGGUUGACCUGCAGACUGAUGAGGUUUCCGAUGGUCGAGCUGAGGUAAGACCAAACUUUACAUGAGUCCCAAAAAGGAGGAAGUGACUUUGAUGGGAUGCAGAUGGGUUCAAAGUGUCCAGGAACAAGUAAAACGUAAAGUGAAAAAAAAAAAAUGGACUGACACUCACAGCUUUUUUUAAACGUCUUUAUUACAUUUAAAUGGUACAAGCACAUUAACAAGAUUGUGUUAUACACAGGGGUGACCCCCAGCAGUUGGGGGGUUUCAAACAUUUCUAAGGGCAGGAAAGGUUUGGAAUGUUCUGAAGGCCCCUGACUGACAGGGCCACCCAAAAUUAAGGGUGUGGUCACAACAACCCAAUGCUUUUUUUUUCCCCCAUGGUGCCCAGAAUUCACACACACACACACACGACGAUGUCAACAUGUUAUAUGUGGUGAUAGUUAGAAAGUCAAAGUUAUCAAAAUCUUCACGAUUUAUUUAAAGUCCCAGAGCUUCAUUUACUGCUGCUGUUCUCACCAGCACUAAAUAUAAUAGCACUGUCAACUUGGAACUUUUAAGUGAAUCUUUCAUCACACAGACUGCAAUUCUACACAUUCUCAUCAUGAAUAUGGUUUUUCUCCAGUGUGUAUUCUGAUGUGUCUUUUUAAAUCACUAUUUUGUCCAAAACCUGUACCACACACUGAACAGGAAAAUGGUUUCUCACCGGUAUGUAUUCUUAUGUGUCUUUUAAGGUUUGCUUGGUCAUUAAAGGUUUUGUUGCAGCUUGAACACGAAUAUGGUUUCUCGCCAGUGUGUAUUGUCAUGUGUUGUUUCAAAUGAGUAUUUUGCGCAAAACCUGUACCACACACUGAACAGGUAUAUGGUUUCUCACCAGUGUGGAUUCUCAGGUGUCUUUCAAGUUUUGCUCGGUCAUGAAAGCUUUUGCUGCAGCUUGAACAUGAAAAUUGUUUCUCACCAGUGUGGAUUGUCAUGUGUUGUUUCAAACUACUCUUUUUUGCAAAACCUGAAAGACACACUGAACAGGUAUAUGGUUUCUCACCAGUGUGUAUUCUAAUGUGUUGCACAAGGUUUGAUUGGCCAUGAAAGCUUCUCUUGCAGAAUGAACAGGAGUAAGGUUUUUCUCCAGUGUGUAUUCUCAUGUGUUUUUUCAAAUUACCAUUUUGUGCAAAAUCUGUACCACACACUGAACAGGCAUAUGGUUUCUCACCAGUGUGUAUUCUCAUGUGUCUUUUCAAACACUGGUUUCGUAUAAAACCUAUACCACAUACUGAACAUGUAAAACUUUUUUCCCUGUUGUGUAUUCUUGUGUGUAUUGUCAGUUGUACCUUCUCAAAGUAUCUUUUAUCACACAUUGAGCAGACGUAUGGUUUCUCUCCAGUGUGCGCUCUCAUGUGCUCAAAAGUUUGAUCAUACUGAGAGCAUUUCAGGUGUGUGUUGUCAGUGUGACAUGUCUGAUCGGCUUUAGAGUCUUCAUCAUCAGUGUCAGGAGAGUGUGAU